AUGGGGACCACGUCAUCCACCGAGUCGACUCCUAGAUACGAUCUAUUCACGUUAGAACACCUCCACGAGCUGAAAGAAGUGAAAAAUCUGGAGGACCUUCCGCACAAAGAGAAAAUAGUAGAGAUGGGUCAAGUUUGUCUACAAGUGUGGUGGGACGGACUCCACUCCUUAUUCCCCACCACGAAGACAGAGUUGUCAACAGAUCAACCAAAGGAAGGAGUAGACACAGAGGUGAACGAAGACGACCAAGUAUUUGAGAGGUUUUCAGAUUUCAUGAAAGAAGGUGGUUGCAAAGAUUCUUUUAAGUCUUUAGUAGACUGUCUUGAGUCUACUCCAAGUAUGGCUAGGUGUAAGGAACACUUGCCGGUUCUGAAGAAUUGUAUGGAUGCUCACAUUAAUUACUAUGAGCCCAUUCUCGCUCUUGUCAAAGCUACAGAGGAAAAGGCCCUUGCCUACGCCAUUGAGGAAAACCGAAAGGAUGACCUGGCUGCCAUGAACCAAGCUCAAGCUGGGGGUGAGUGACUGAAAUGUUUUAGGUUUUCAAUAUUUUCCCCUACCUUUCUCUUCUUUGUCUGGGGUAAAUUUGAAAAGUUUUUUUUUUUUGUGGUUGUUUUACUAGCGUUUGUUUAUCUACUUCAAUCUGAUAAUUCUGUUUGAUUGAUCUGAAUUCGUCUGAUUUAAUUGUUGCUAAACCGAUUUAGA